AUGUAUGUUUAUCUGUUACCAUUCACCGUCCGAAAGCAGUUGGCUGCCAUUUUGGAUACUGAUAACGCGUGGGAACUGCUAGCGUUUGUAAUGCCGGACAUUGAGAACGCAGAUGUACGGGCUUGUCGAGAUGUAGGAUCUUUUGAAAGUCCGACAGAGAAUCUUCUGGCAAUAUGGGGUUCAAAAGGAAACAAGGUAAUUCAGCUUUACAAUUGCCUUGGUCGAGCAAAACUUGUUCGUGCGAUGAAAGCAGUGCGUCAUCUAGUAAAUCCGUUAUUUUAUUGUUGGGAAGAACAGUGCUUGCAAUCUGCAGAUGAAAACAGUCAAAAAAGUGAUAAAGCAAUAAUCUCUCGCUCUCGCUGUUCAGCCAAAAAUGGCGAUAUCACAAUACCGUGCUACAAAGAGACGCCUUCGGUAAAAUGCUCAAAUAAUAUGAGAUGGUUAAACCAAGAGACUGAUACUUAUGCCGAUUCACAUGUAAUAUAUAAAACUCUCCAAAAUACGCCGUGCAUUAAGUAUAAUGACAUUGUGAGAAUUACCAACAAUUUUUCGUUGGAAAACAUUCUUGGUAGUGGAGGUUACGGAACGGUUUAUAGAGGAACGUGGGAAAAAACAGUGGUUGCAGUGAAGCGUAUACAGGCUGUGAAGGAGUGUGGACAUGAGAAAGAACAAAUUCGUCAGAGUUUACAAGAACUAAGAAUGUUGUCGAAAUAUCGACAUGACAACAUUCUGCCACUUUAUGCGUAUUCACUUGAUGGUCCUCAACCUUGUCUGCUUUACCAGUACAUGAGAAAUGGUUCAUUGUUUGAUUGCCUUUUUAGAAAAGAAUCCGUGGUUCUUACCUGGUUGCAACGUUUAUCAAUAAUGAUAGGUUGUGCUCGUGCUCUACAUUACCUGCAUUCUGUUGCAAAGAAUCCGAUAAUUCACGGAGAUGUUAAAUCAGCAAACAUCUUACUUGACAAACAUUUUGAACCAAAAUUAGGUGAUUUCGGUUUGUGCCGAGAUAACUUUUCAAAAGAUAAUUGGAGAGAUGAUGAUUUCGUUACCGCCUCUCACGUAAAGGGAACAUUGGCAUAUCUGCCGCAAGAGUUUCUGACGGAGAGAGUAAUUAGUACGAAACUCGAUGUAUACGGUUAUGGUGUAGUUUCAUUAGAAGUUUCCACGGGAUUAAAGCCUCAUGUUAUGAAACGGUGUCCACAAAAUAUCGUAGAAUAUGUUAUGGAUCAUCAAAAAUCUGGAAAGAAUGAAAAGAUUUUGGCUGAUUACCAAUGCAAUUUUACCAGCGAUUUAGACGCCGGUUACUUCAGUCUUAUUUUACAAACUGGGUUAAAAUGUGUUGUGCAAGAUUACCGAAAAAGACCAUCAUUUCGAGAAAUUAUCAAUACCUUCCUGUAUAUAUGUAACAGUGUUUAG